CGCACGGGAAGUGAGGAGGGUUAAAGGCCAUCAGCUUGAUUGAAUAUACGAUCCUUCUCUUUUUUUUAACCUACACAUGGCUUCCCAGGGUUCAUUCCAACGUCAAGUUGAGGUCGGUCGUCUUGUCCUCAUCAACUACGGCAAGGACAGCGGCAAGCUCGCCGUCAUCGUCGACAUUGUUGAUCACAGCCGCGCUUUGAUUGACGGCCCUACCACCGGUGUCUCUCGCCAAGCUUUCGCUUACCGACGUCUUACUUUGACUCCUUUCGUCAUCAAGGACCUUCCCCGUGCUGCUGGUAAGACCGCUCUUGCCAAGGCUCUCGAGAAGAACGACACUAUUGCUGCCUGGAACAAGACCAGCUGGGCCCAGAAGUUGCAAGGCCGUGUUGCCCGUGCUGGACUUAGCGAUUUCGACAGAUUCAAGCUCAAGAAGUUCAAGAGCCAGCGUCGUGCUACUGUUGGCCCCGCUCUUGCUCAACUUAAGAAGCAACAAGCUUAAGCGUGUUGUUUAUCUUUGGAGGAGUUAAUUGCAAAAUAAAAAAGCAUAACAUUUAUAAAUUUUCUAUCUAUC